UACAGAUCUGCAAAUGGCAGGAGUCGCCUUGUCAGUUUGUUUAUUUUGUCGUAAUGAGAUGUUUUUGUCAUAGGCCUUAAUUCGUUGUUCUGUUUUGGCGGAAAAGUUGCUUUAGAAAUCCCAUUCAACCAAAAAUUGCCAAUCAGUUUAGUUUGUUGCUGAUCCAGCUUCGUAAUGGAAGUGUGUUCUUUUUAAAAAUUUGCCGCUCUCAAGACCAGACUCCGAAGAGGUUCAGGAAACUGAAGCCCAAUGUGGUGUGUCCGGAAAAAGAGUACGAUAGCAACAUAUCACUCAGCACAUGUAUGAUUAUUGUGAGCUGAAGCCAAUGGCCUUACAGUCGACUGGGUCGUGGAUUGCCAGGGAGCAGCACAAGAACAGCGACCAACAACUGUUUGUGGCUGAACAGCGGCCACCACCCAAGGUCGCCAACAAGCAACACACCCAGACAGAAAGGUUCACUCAGACUGAGUACAGAGCUAAUUGUGUGGAGGUUAUCGGUACAGGGAAAGACACAGUCAUGUUCGAGCAAUCAUUACAACAACAACCACAGGCUGUACCAGUGCAGAUGUACUCAACCAUAGACAAGAAAGACUUGACUCCAGACAAAGGGAAUAACCUAACAGAAUUUCCUUUCUGUUACAAUGUUUUACAAAAAGUCCAUCAGACGCAAGGGGGUAGUCCGACUACUACAGCUGUAGCAAGUAUAUCAGCAGAUGACAAAACUUGCUACAGGUUCGAUGUAGCCCAACCUUUCAGUUACAACUACGCAUUGGUCAAUCAAAUGUCUCUAGCUGCCGCAGCUUCUACUGCUACAUUCAAGUGUGAUGUUUGUGGUCUAGUGUUUGCUCAUCUCUCUCUGUUGAAUCAUCACAAACGUAUACAUAAUAACAACGGUGAUGUAUCUCCCGAAAGGAAUUUUACGAAUGAAAAUCAAAAUGAGGUUAUCAAAGUUCAGUUGAAAACCUCCGCAUCCAAACCUAGGAAUUGUAACAGGUGUGGAGGUGAAGUAGACUGUGAUCAUUCAAACAACCUUAAAAAGAAAGUUUCAAAAUAUGUUAAGUGCGAAAAUUGUCAAUCCGGACCGACCUCCACAACAACUUCAACUACUACUAAUGGUUCGUUUCAGUCUGCUUCGUCUUCCCCUGAACCCACCGACAGUCCGCCAGAUGUAGUCAAUAUCCCAAGUAAAAAUAUGCAUUUGGUCAAACACGGUCUGGCCACUGUAACCAAAUGUCACAAAUGUAACGGUUCAGGUAUUAUAUUUGUUGGAGGGGCGAGGCCUCCUCCUAAUGAUAAACCUUUCCGUUGCAACGUUUGCGAUGGAUCUUUUUCGAGGUACUCUUCUUUGUGGAGUCAUAAAAGACUUCACUCCGGAGACAAGCCGUUUAAGUGUGACAUGUGUGGAUUAACCUUUGCGAGGGCAGCUUACCUGAAGAAUCAUCUCCGUGUGCACAGCGGUGAGAAGCCCUACAAGUGCAACGUUUGUGGGAUGCAGUUCUCUCAGAGUCCUCAUCUGAAGAACCACGAACGCAUCCACAGUGGCGAGAGGCCCUAUCAGUGUGAGGUGUGUGAGAAAACAUUCGCCCGACAUUCUACAUUGUGGAACCAUAGGCGAAUCCACACCGGUGAAAAGCCCUACAGGUGUAAUAUAUGCGGCUCUGCCUUCAACCAAGCCACUCAUCUGAAGAACCACGGCAAAGUUCAUACCGGUGAGAAACCUCAUCGCUGCGAUAUUUGUGAAGUGGGAUUUUCUGACAGGUUUGCCCUAAAAAGACAUCGGUUAAUACAUGAAAAAUACGGCCGCACAUCUAACAACACACAGACUCCCUCUCAACAAGCUCAGCAAACAUCAACCACCCAGCAGUCUACAUCACAGAUGGGGGAGUUGUACAAAUGUGAGGUCGCUUUUCCCGGUCAACAACCCAGUGAAGUAGGUGUUAGCACAUCUGUCGGCUUCUCAGGAUCCAACCAACCCUCUUCCACCAGCAGAGCGUCGCAACCGCAACAGACGGAAAUGUACAAGUGUGACGUGGGAACAUCUGUGUCAUUUCCACCUACAGCACAACAAUCAGCUCAAUCUUCAAACUCAACCUCGGUUGAUGCUGCCAACAAUACACUUCCCUUCCAAGGCCAACAAGCCUCUCAGCAGCAGAAUGGCCAACAAACUACUCAAAUGAGUGAAAUGUACAAAUAUGACGUCAGUACUUCCGUAGCUUUCCCGGGCCAGACACAACCCCCUCAGACCCAAACUCAGGCCAUCACUACAACGCACACACAGUAUGAUGUUGGCACUUCCACUGUUACUUACUCAGGUCAAAGUCAGCAAUCAGUGUCCCAGGAGGGAGCAUCACAAUCCUCUACAUCUGUGUGUGUAGACUCAAAUAAUUUUAGCGAAACGAUCAUUGGUUCGUAAAAUCUCCCUAAAUAUUAGUUUUCUAAGGUUAGAACCUUAAGUACAUUGUUAUAAAUCGUAACAUUUCUGCUGAAAUUGUUUCUUACUAAAGUUUACUUUAUAUAGAUUCUAUUUUAACAUUUAGUUCUGUUAAUUUUGAAGCAAGGACUUUUAUUAGUUUUAUUGCCCUGUUUGUGUCCAGCUAUUCUUUGCCAUAACAAGUAGGACAGCAGUCUCAUUCUAUUUUUUUACAUUUUCACUAUCAUCUACCAAUUUAUCCACCAAAAGCAUUUUGUUACAGGAAAAUUACUAUAAUACUAUCAUUGCUCCUGCUUAGCUCUGGUUAGUUAAACUAGGUACUUAGAUCAAAAUUAAGACAAUGGUCUUUAGUACUGUUGCAAACCUGUGUUAUAGUUCGUCCGCUUAGAAAACGACCUGCGCGCUAAUACUAAACCAAUGCUGGAGGAGGUUCUAAGCGGCCGAACUAUAGUUGUUUCUCCUGUCUCUCUUCACAUAUUCCCCAACAGUGACACAUCAAAGUCAUGUGGAUUGAAACAUUUCAAAGAGAGUAAAACAAACCCCUUCCCACUCAAAGUCCAGCCGCUUUGCCCACUUCAUCACCAUGUCAAUGUCUCCAAAACCAUACUGAAGUUACAUGUAUUUCAAUCCUGGUGUUUUCCUCUGGCAUUUCUUAUCAAGGGUUCUUCCAUAGAUGGAAAGUUUAAAAAUUAUAAACCAAGUGUUACGAGUUAGUUUCCUCAUACAGAAAAUUGUAAUUUAAGAUAAGACCAUGAACUUAUGAUGUUGUGAUUAGGAUGUUAUUAUGUUAAGUUCGCUAUAGUUUAUAUUUUGAUCAUUGUUAAUGACCAAGGCAAUACUAAAUAAACAGGCCGUAAUUCUCCUCAGGCAUGACGUCAUCAUAGGCGACGGCAAUGACGUAAUGUAAUUUUUUUAGUUAUAUUUUUGUUUACCAAGAAAAUAUUAAAACAAGCAGCUCAUCACAAACGGCAAAAAUAACGUCAUUGCCGUCGCCUACCAUGACGUCAUGUCGGAGGAGCAUUACGGCCUGUUUAUUUAGUGUGGCCUUGUUAUGACUCAAGUCACGAUAAUACUAUGAAAUUUAAAAAAAUAGUUCUAUAUUUUUGUAUUGUUUUUGUAGUCUACCUAUACACUUUAGUUCUACUGAUCAUGUAAAUUUAAAAACUUGAUUCAAUAGUUGCAUAAUUACAAUUUAAAUCAAUUGUUUUAUUUUUUAUUAGUUCUACAUCAAGUGUAACUUAAUU